AUGGACUUUUUCAGGGAACGCAUGGAACUACUGGAGGAAGCUAAGAAGAUGGAGAUGGCAAAAUUCCGCUACAUUCUGCCUGUGUAUGGCAUAUGCCAGGAGCCUGUUGGUUUGGUCAUGGAGUACAUGGAGACGGGCUCCCUGGAGAAGCUGCUUGCUUCUGAGCCGCUGCCUUGGGAUCUGCGUUUCCGCAUUGUGCAUGAGACAGCAGUGGGCAUGAACUUCCUGCACUGCAUGUCUCCACCGCUGCUGCACCUGGACCUGAAGCCAGCAAACAUCCUCCUGGAUGCCCACUACCAUGUCAAGAUUUCUGACUUUGGACUGGCCAAGUGCAAUGGUAUGUCCCACUCUCAUGACCUCAGCAUGGAUGGCCUAUUUGGCACAAUCGCCUACCUCCCUCCAGAGCGUAUCCGUGAGAAGAGCCGGUUGUUUGACACCAAACAUGAUGUAUACAGUUUUGCCAUUGUGAUCUGGGGCAUGCUCACACAGAAGAAGCCAUUUGCAGAUGAGAAGAACAUUCUACACAUUAUGAUGAAAGUGGUGAAGGGCCACCGCCCAGAGCUGCCACCCGUCUGCAGACCUCGGCCACGCGCCUGUGCCAACUUGAUAGGGCUCAUGCAAAGGUGCUGGCACGCAGACCCACAGGUUCGGCCCACCUUCCAAGAAAUUACCUCUGAAACUGAAGUCCUUUGUGAAAACCCUGAUGAGGAGGUGAAAGACCUGGCUCAUGAGCCAGGUGAGAAAAGUUCUCCAGAGCCCAAGAGUGAGGCCAGGCCUGAGUCUGCACGCCUCAAGCGCGCCUCUGCUCCCCCCUUUGAUAAUGACUGCAGCCUUUCUGAGUUGCUGUCACAGUUGGACUCUGGGAUCUCCCAGACUCUUGAAGGCCCCGAGGAACUCAGCCGAAGUUCCUCUGAGUGUAAGCUGCCAUCAUCCAGCAGUGGCAAGAGGCUCUCUGGGGUGUCCUCAGUGGACUCAGCCUUCUCCUCCAGAGGAUCGCUGUCACUGUCAUUUGAGCGGGAACCUUCAACAGGCGAUCUGGGCCCCACAGACAUCCAGAAGAAGAAGCUAGUAGAUGCCAUCAUGUCAGGGGACACCAGCAAGCUGAUGAAGAUCCUGCAGCCUCAGGAUGUGGACCUGGUUCUCGACAGCAGUGCCAGCCUGUUGCACCUGGCUGUGGAGGCAGGACAGGAGGAGUGCGUCAAGUGGCUGCUGCUUAACAACGCCAACCCCAACCUGACCAACAAGAAGGGCUCCACACCACUGCAUAUGGCUGUGGAGCGGAGGGGACGAGGAAUCGUGGAGCUACUGCUGGCCCGGAAGAUCAGUGUCAAUGCCAAGGAUGAAGACCAGUGGACUGCCCUGCACUUUGCAGCCCAGAAUGGGGAUGAGGCCAGUAUGAGGCUGCUACUGGAGAAGAAUGCCUCUGUCAAUGAGGUGGACUUCGAGGGCCGAACGCCCAUGCAUGUGGCCUGCCAGCAUGGACAGGAGAACAUUGUACGCACCCUGCUACGCCGUGGUGUGGACGUGGGCCUGCAGGGAAAGGAUGCCUGGCUGCCUCUGCACUAUGCUGCCUGGCAGGGCCACUUGUCCAUUGUCAAGCUGCUAGCCAAGCAGCCUGGGGUGAGUGUGAAUGCCCAGACACUAGACGGGAGGACACCCCUGCACCUGGCUGCUCAGAGGGGGCACUACCGUGUGGCCCGAAUCCUUAUUGACCUGUGCUCUGACAUCAACAUCUGCAGUCUGCAGGCACAGACACCUCUGCAUGUCGCUGCAGAGACUGGACACACGAGUACUGCUAGGUUGCUCUUGCAUCGUGGUGCUGGCAAGGAGGCUUUGACCUCAGAGGGCUGUACUGCCCUGCACCUGGCAGCCCGGAAUGGACACCUGGCCACUGUCAAGCUGUUGGUAGAGGAGAAGGCUGAUGUGCUGGCUCGGGGGCCCCUGAAUCAGACGGCGCUACACCUGGCUGCUGCCCAUGGGCACUGGGAGGUGGUAGAAGAGCUGGUCAGUGCUGACCUCAUUGACCUGUCUGAUGAGCAGGGCCUCAGUGCACUGCACCUGGCUGCCCAGGGCAGGCAUUCACAGACUGUGGAGACUCUGCUCAAACAUGGGGCCCACAUCAACUUGCAAAGUCUCAAGUUCCAAGGAGGCCAGAGCCCCACUGCCACACUGCUCCGAUGCAGCAAGACCUAGCUCGCCACCUGCAGAACCAGGGCUCUGUGUAGGCUUCUGGGCCAUCCUUGUGUUCCUCAUGGGAACAGAAUGGUCCUGGAACACUCUGCUCACCCUGUUGGUGGCCUGCCCAUACAUUGACAAAGCAGAGGCUAAUGGACAAGGCAAUAAUAGCUGUGUCGGGGCAAAGGCUGCCACCAGCCACUGUGGCCGGCCAUGGUAUCUGGUGUCAGAUGGGACUAGGUCAGUGUCAUUUCAUUGUGGUCUUGAUGGCGGCUGAUGCGGGUCAUUCAUGACAAAGCCUAUAUAAGGAUAGCCCCUCUGUCCCAGAGCAAGCUACCUCUGCUUGCUUGGAGCACAGCAUCUUUGGUAGAGUCAUGGAAGAGCAUUGUCCUUUGUCUUCUCAUUCAUCCUGUCUUUGGAGGCAUAGUGGAUUCUUACAUAUGAAUGACAUGCUAGCUUUGUUUGAGACCUGUGAGGUUAUAACUGGCACUGACUGAUGGAGUCUAGAAAGGGAAUGAAGAUAAAAUCACAAAGGUGAUCUUAACAUUGAACAGCCUUACCAGCAUUGAACUGCUGUUUCACUUGUUUUGCUUUUUGGUUUUUGGUCACCACACCUCUUCCCCUACUCCCUGACAGUUGCUGAGUUCUCACCCAAAAUGUCAGAGCCACGUAUGUAAAAGUUAGUGGAAAAUUCUUUAUAAAAUAGGUUUUAUACUAAACAUUUUUUAAUCAAACAAAUCACUCUUUCGGGCUCUUGUCUUUUGGUGAGGUGGUGGUUUGUGCCGAGGGCUUUGCUGAUGUGCCCUGUGGUGACUCCUGCUGUGUUCCAGCCACAGCAGUUGAAUGUGUCCUGAGGUAGCCAUUAGAAGAGAUGGUUGUACUUGGUGUGGGGGGGAGGGGGUCAAAAGAUUUGAUAGCCUCAUUGUUAUACCUUCCCCAUUCAAGUUCUGAAUAUUGUCACUGUAGAUGUGUUACAGAAGUGCACUGUGUGCAAACACAUGGUAUAGCUUGGUUUGUAGCACGAAGAGUGGCAUUAAUGUACUGUUUACUUUGACAUGAAUCAUGGACAGGAUACUUUUCUGUGACAGGAAGUGGUGAAGCUGGCUAUGUUUUAAUAUGCCUCAAUUUGCCUUCGCUGUCUUCUACUCUUGUGUAAAACACAGAGACCAUGGGAGAUCUGUAUGAUGUCAAUAAAGGAUUUACUACUUUUGGAAUUCA